AUGGUCACAUCGAAUUCCCGCUGCUCUCCGGAACUCUCAGCCCGACUCCAAGGAAGCUCCUUUCUGAAGCUGUACUUGAAUCGAAGCCAGGGUUGCUGCCUCAUCGAGUUCCAAGAGUGGGCGGCGGCAGAAGCGGCCGCGGCACAUAUGGCAGGUGAUUGGGGCCUCCCGGUACAGCCGGUGGACGGCUCCACUGCGAGCUACUACUUGCAGCUGGCACAG